ACACCAACGUCUCAGAUCCAUCCAGUGGUAGAAAAUGAAAGUUGCUCUGGUGCUCGUCAGUGUGUUCUUCACUAAAGCACUAGCACUGCAAUGUCACCAAUGCGUAACACAUUUACCUCAGAUUUGCAAUAGUGUGGAAUGUUCAAGUGAGUGUAACAGCGUCAGCUCCACCUUAAGCCUGGGUGGCGUACAGAUGGAACAGAGUGUGAGGACUUGCCUGCCGUCAGUCUUUUGUGUCACAGGGAGAAUAAACACAGGGUUUCUGAAAGCAACCAUCAACUCCAAAUGCUGCAAGACUGAUCUCUGCAAUGACAAAGCAGUGCCAGCUUUACCAAAACAGCCUCCCAAUGGGAAGAAGUGUUGUGCCAAUGAUGACUGCUCAGAAACCGUGACCUGCGAGGGAGAUGAGGAUCACUGUAUUAAAGGAACAGUUGUUUCCUUUGUUGUUAAGGCAUCUGUGAAAGGAUGUGCCAGCAAGAGUAUCUGUGAUGGGCUCGCAUCCAUUCUACGACACUCUAAUUUGACUGCGGAUAUUAAGUGCUGUGAGGGGAACCUGUGCAACACUGCUAUCAGCAUGAAUCUGGGUCUCCUCAUCAUGUUGGGGUCUCUACUCUUCUCCAUCCUCUUCCUCUGAACUUCAUCGGAACUAGUUUAAGCUCCUUUUAGGAAAUACCAAAACUAAGACAUCAGCUUUUAGUAGAGAAGUCAACAUCACCACCGCUGUCCAGUAUGUUUCACUUUUUUUGUUUUGCUUUGUUUUGUUCUUUAUUUCUAAAUUUAGACCUUCAAUCUUGUUAAGCAAUCAAUCUAAAAUGCUAUUAUAAUAAAACAUGUACAUUUUGUAAAGACUGGUAGUUUUGUUAUCCUGGUCAUUAAGUUUUAGUUCAAUAUAGUAAACUGUGUGAGAUGCUUUCUAUGUCCCGUAAAUACAUAAAUAAAAUGCCUUUUAAGCCCUCUGA